AUGGGUGGGACCCUGAGGCCGGCCCUGCUGCUCACCUCGCUGCUUGGUGCCUGGGCAGGCUUGGGCCUGGGGCAGGGUGACCAAGCCGUGACGGUUGCCGUGGUAUUCGGGAGCUCUGGGUUCCAGCAGGCCCAAGCCCGCCCCCGCCUCACCUCCCAGAAUUUCCUGGACCUGCCCCUGGAGAUCCAGCCGCUCACCGUGGGCGUCAACCACACCAACCCCAGCAGCCUUCUCACCCAGAUCUGUGGCCUCCUGGGUGCCGCCCACGUCCACGGCAUCGUCUUCGAGGACAAUGUGGGCACCGAGGCGGUGGCUCAGCUCCUGGACUUUGUCUCCUCCCAGACGCACGCGCCCAUCCUCAGCAUCAGCGGGGGCUCUGCGGUGGUCCUCACCCCCAAGGAGCCGGGCUCCGCCUUCCUGCAGCUGGGUGUGUCCCUGGAGCAGCAGCUGAACGUGCUGUUCAAGGUAUUGGAGGAGUACGACUGGAGUGCCUUCGCUGUCAUCACCAGCCUGCACCCGGGCCACGCGCUCUUCCUGGAAGGUGUGCGUGCUGUAGCUGAUGCCAGCUAUGUGAGCUGGCGGCUGCUGGACGUGCUGACACUGGAGCUAGGCCCUGGUGGACCACGGGCACGGACUCAGCGCCUGCUGCGCCAGCUGGAUGCACCUGUGCUGGUGGCCUACUGCUCCCGUGACGAGGCUGAGGUGCUGUUCACUGAGGCGGCACAGGCUGGCUUGGUAGGGCCUGGUCAUGUGUGGUUGGUGCCCAGCCUGGCACUGGGCAGUACUGACACGCCCCCUGCAGCCUUCCCUGUGGGCCUCAUCAGUGUGGUCACCGAGAGCUGGCGUCUCAGCCUGCGCCAGAAAGUCCGCGACGGCGUGGCCAUCCUGGCUCUGGGUGCCCAUAGCUACCAACGCCAGCAUGGCGCUCUGCCUGCGCCAGCUGGGAACUGUCAAGGUCACCCUGGGCCAGUCAGCCCUGCUCGGGAGGCUUUCUACAGGCACUUACUGAACAUCUCCUGGGAGGGCCGAGACUUCUCCUUCAGCCCGGGUGGGUACUUGGUGCAGCCCACCAUGGUUGUGAUCGCACUCAGCCGGCAUCGCCUCUGGGAGAUGGUGGGGCGUUGGGAGCGUGGUGUCCUGCACAUGAAGUACCCAGUGUGGCCUCGCUACAGUGCCUCCCUGCAGCCUGUGGUGGACAGCCGGCACCUGACAGUGGCCACACUGGAAGAGCGACCCUUCGUCAUUGUGGAGACCCCUGACCCUGGCACUGGUGGCUGUGUCCCCAACACCGUGCCCUGCCGCAGGCACAGCAACCACACCUUUAGCAGCAGGGACGCCGCGCCCUACACCAAGCUGUGCUGUAAGGGCUUCUGCAUCGACAUCCUCAAGAAGCUGGCCAAGGUGGUCAAGUUCUCCUAUGACCUGUACCUGGUGACCAAUGGCAAGCACGGCAAGAGGGUGCGCGGUGUGUGGAACGGCAUGAUCGGGGAGGUAUACUACAGGCGGGCGGACAUGGCCAUCGGCUCCCUCACCAUCAACGAGGAGCGCUCUGAGAUUGUUGACUUCUCCGUGCCCUUCGUGGAGACAGGCAUCAGUGUCAUGGUGGCACGUAGCAAUGGCACCGUCUCCCCUUCUGCCUUCCUGGAGCCCUAUAGCCCCGCCGUGUGGGUGAUGAUGUUUGUCAUGUGCCUCACCGUGGUGGCCAUCACCGUCUUCAUGUUUGAGUACUUCAGCCCCGUAAGCUACAACCAAAACCUCACCAGAGGCAAGAAGCCCGGGGGCCCAUCCUUCACCAUUGGCAAGUCCGUGUGGCUGCUGUGGGCACUGGUCUUCAACAACUCGGUGCCCAUCGAGAACCCACGGGGUACCACCAGCAAGAUCAUGGUCCUGGUCUGGGCUUUCUUCGCCGUCAUCUUCCUCGCCAGCUAUACUGCCAACCUGGCCGCCUUCAUGAUCCAGGAACAAUAUAUUGAUACUGUGUCUGGUCUCAGCGACAAGAAGUUCCAGAGGCCCCAGGAUCAGUACCCACCCUUCCGCUUUGGCACGGUGCCCAACGGCAGCACAGAGCGCAAUAUCCGCAGUAACUACCGUGACAUGCACACGCACAUGGUCAAGUUCAACCAGCGCUCCGUGGAGGACGCGCUCACCAGCCUCAAAAUGGGGAAGCUGGACGCCUUCAUCUAUGAUGCUGCUGUUCUCAACUACAUGGCCGGCAAGGAUGAGGGCUGCAAGCUGGUCACCAUUGGCUCCGGCAAGGUCUUCGCCACCACAGGCUAUGGCAUCGCCAUGCAGAAGGACUCACACUGGAAGCGGGCCAUCGACCUAGCACUGCUGCAGUUCCUGGGGGACGGAGAGACACAGAAACUAGAGACGGUCUGGCUGUCGGGGAUCUGCCAGAAUGAGAAGAAUGAGGUGAUGAGCAGCAAGUUGGACAUUGACAACAUGGCGGGUGUCUUCUACAUGCUGCUGGUGGCCAUGGGGCUGGCGCUGCUGGUCUUCGCCUGGGAACACCUGGUCUACUGGAGGCUGCGGCACUCGGUGCCCAGCUCAUCCCAGCUGGACUUCCUGCUGGCUUUCAGUAGGGGCAUCUAUUCCUGCUUCAGUGGAGUGCAGAGCCUGGCCAGCCCCGUGCCACCGCCCAGCCCCGACCUCACAGCCGGCUCAGCGGCGCAGGCCAACGUGCUCAAGAUGUUGCAGACGGCGCGGGACAUGGUAACCACGGCGGGGGUCAGUAGCUCCCUGGACCGCGCCACGCGUACCAUCCAGAGCUGGGGCAGCAGCCGUAGGGCGCCGGCGCCGUCUGCCUGCUCUGCCUCGGGGCCUGCGUGCUGCCCGCGCCCGGCUGCUUCCGGGGUGCUCCCCGAGCCCAGCACCAGGGUUUGGGAGGCGCCAGGUACAAGUCGCGUCCCUCUAGGGCACAGGGCCCCGCAACCCUCGUGCCGUCCCCCGACGCCCAGGCCGCUCCCGCCCGGUGUCUCCGGAGCAUCCUGUCGGCCCGCCAGGGGGGUGCAGUGGCCAGCACGCACCGGGCGAGGCGUGCGGCACCUCGGGGCUUCUGAGCGGUGCCUGUGGCCAGAGCGCCCUCUGGCCCCCGCGCCCUGCCGCUACAGCUCCUUCCCUCGGGCUGAACGCUCGGGGCGCCCCUUUCUUGCGCUCUUCCCCGAGCCCCGGGAGCCGGUGGACCUACCACUGCUGGGGCCGGAACAGCUGGCCCGGCGAGAGGCUCUGCUGCGCGCGGCCUGGGCCCAGGGCCGGCGUCCGCGCCACGCCUCCCUGCCCAGCUCGGUGGCCGAGGUCUUCGCUAGGCCCUGUCCGCUGCCUGUCCGGUGCAGGUGCUCGGCGUGCUCCUGCCUCAACGGCGACGUGGCCUGUAGGAGCCUGGCGCAGGCGCAGUCCAGGCGGCUGCCGUCCUACGGGGAGGCCUGCCUGGAGGGCGCAUCCGAGGGGCUCCCUGGCUGGCGGCAUCGUGGGCAAGUCUGCCUGCACUCCCACGGCCACCUGCCGUUUUGCUGGGGGGCCGUGUGUCCUCAUCUCCCACCCUGUGCCAGCCAAGGCCCCUGGUUCCCUGGGGCCUGGGGGCUUCCGGCACACGGGGGCAGGACCCUGGGAUUGAGCACAGGCUACAGGGACUGUGGGGGGCCAUCAGAGGUUGGCGCAGGGGGUUGUGAGAAACAAGACUUUCCCCGACCCUGUGUCUGGAGGCGCAUCUCCAGCUUGGAGUCAGAAGUUUGAGUGCCAGCCGCUCUGGGUCUCCACCUGACACAAACUGGCACUUGUCUGGCUUCCCUGGACAAUGUCUUCCACGGCCACUUCAGUGAGCUCAGCAGCCUAGGUCCUGACGUGGGGCUGGGCUCUCUGCUGUCUCCCUGCUUACC